ACCAGGACACAAGGACCGGCCGAGGGACGCCGAGCCUCCUCCUCUUGCCUACAGACAGUGAGCGGUCUCUGUCCUCCCGCAAAGACUGGCUGUCGGCCGCAUAGAAAGGAAGGAGAGGGGCGAGCAGAGCCGCCCGGAGACCGCCCCAGCGUCCAAGAGCAGCCGCGCGCGGGGCCGCUCCGACCGCGCCAAGUCUCCGGACAAUGGGGACGCGGCAGCUGCUGCUGGUCACGGUCGGACUCAGUCUGUGCGGGCCCCUGCUGUCUGUCCGCACACGGGCUCGCCUCCCAGAAUCAAAAGCAGAAAAUGCUACUCCAGUACCCCGGUCAUUUCUUUUCAGGAAUUAUGUUGAUGAUUUUGAAAAAUUCUCACACGAGGAGUUAGAGGAGAAAAAUGAAACCAAUUUAAAUGAAGACAGAUUAAUCUCCAUCAAUAAAAGUCAGCCUCUUCAGAAACGACCCCCUGUGUUCAUCUCAGAAGAAGCCUCGGGUUAUCUGACUAGCCCCUGGCUGACUCUCUUUAUCCCCACCGUUUACACUGGCGUGUUUAUAGUGAGCCUUCCUCUGAACAUCAUGGCCAUCAUUGUGUUCAUCGUGAAAAUGAAGAUCAAGAAGCCUGCUGUGGUGUACAUGUUACAUCUGGCCAUGGCAGAUGUGCUGUUUGUGUCUGUGCUCCCCUUUAAGAUCAGCUAUUACUUUUCCGGAAGUGACUGGAAGUUUGGGUCUGAAAUGUGUCGCUUUGUCACAGCAGCGUUUUACUCUAACAUGUACGCCUCCAUCAUGCUCAUGACAGUCAUAAGCAUUGACCGCUUUCUGGCUGUGGUAUAUCCCAUGGAGUCCCUCUCCUGGCGCACUCUGGGGAGGGCUUCCUUCACUUGUCUGGCCAUUUGGGCUGUGGCCAUUGGAGGGGUGGUGCCUCUUGUCCUCAAGGAGCAAACUACCCAGGUUCCAGGCCUCAACAUAACUACUUGUCAUGACGUGCUCAAUCAAACCGUGCACGACAGCUAUUACGCGUAUUACUUCAAAGCCUUCUGUGCUGUCUUCUUUUUUGUGCCAUUGGUCAUUUCCACAGUCUGUUAUGUGUGUAUCAUUCGAUGUCUUAGCUCUUCCAAAGUUGCCAACCAGAGCAAGAAGACCCGGGCUUUGUUCUUGUCAGCUGCUGUUUUCUGCAUCUUCAUCAUUUGCUUUGGACCCACAAAUGUCCUCCUGAUUGUGCACUACUCACUCUUUUCUUAUGAUUCCUCAAUGGAGGCUGCCUACUUUGCCUACCUCCUCUGUGUCUGUGUCAGCAGCAUAAGCUGUUGCAUUGAUCCCAUGAUUUACUAUUACGCUUCCUCUGACUGCCAGAGGUACCUCUACAGUAUCUUAUGCUGCAAAGAAAGCACUGAUCCCAGCAGUUACAACAGCAGCGGGCAGUUAACAGCAAGUAAAAUGGAUACCAGCUCUACUACCUUGAAUAACAGCAUAUACAAAAAGCUGUUAACUUAGGAAAGGGGACUGCCGUUAGGUUAAAAAGAAAAGAAAAAGAAAAGCGGACAACCUGGGGAUUCUAUCAGUCCCUGUAAAAAAGUGUUUACUUCACCAUCUAGAACAACAAAUGUGUUAUUUGCAAGCCUCCUUACAAAAGCAAUUGCACAUUUACAUUUGUUCACAGGAAAAGAUAACAGAAAUAGAAGACAGUUAUUCAGAGGGAGUAUUGUCAAUGCAACAGUAAUAGCUGAAUGUUACUUUUUUUUAUGUAUUUAGAUGAUAUGUAUAUAUUUGCAGUACAGUAUAGAAUAGGCACUUUGAAAAUCUUUUUUUAGGAGAAUAUGGGAAUGACCUCUGAUUUAAUAUGCAGAGGCUAGGUUGCUAAGGUUUAGUCCUGAACACCUGAUGAGGUCUACUAAUAGUGACAGAUUUCGUAAUCUGGACUUAUACAGCUUUUGCAAAUAAGUAUAUUUUGAAAUUGUUCAACAGCAGUGUUUUAAGUUAUUUAGAGAUAAGGCUUAGUACUAUCUGUGUGUAGAAAAAGCUUAGUGUUUUUUUACUUUAAACAUAUCAAAGUAAGAAUUCUUAAAAUUAUUAAAACAGAUGAAAACCCCUCCUUUUGGCACAGGUAGCAUUUUUGUUUACACACUGUGGAUGUGAACCAAGAAUGAGCAUAAAUCCACUAGGGACCUUAGGUCAGCUUUCAAAGAAACCCACCCUGGGAGCUGCACUUUUUUGCAUUGCUCAGCCUGAUGCAGGAGGCCAAGCAGUAGACACACACAGGGCCAUGUCAGGAACCCUCCACCUGGGGAUGCUGGAGCUGAGCGUCCCAGAGAGCAGAGAGCUGGGGACCACCACAUUCACUCCACCCUCUUGGUGUUUCCCCCCCAGGGUUGACUGUGAACUCAUCAUGUUUAUUAGAAAUUGGAAAUGGUAUCCUAGGAGGUGAUGGAUAUAAAAGACUUCUCUACCUUUUUGAAGAACAAAAAAAGGAGCAUUCACUUCUAGUAAUUACCCUGCAAAGGUCAGUUCUCACAUGGAAGUACCACGGAGCAAACAUGAAUACUUGCUAUGUGCUAUGGGCACUGUGAUAGGUGCUGGGCAUGCAGAGUUGAAUGAGACUCAGACCUACCCUCAAGGAAAACACAGCAGACCGACACAUAAAUAGUUGCAAUAGAGUGUGAGAUAUGUGUAAUAAAUAUGUUGUUACAUAAAGUGUUUUUAGCUAGGGUCACCAAGCAUGUAUCACACAAGCAAGACCUGCUUGUUAAAGAAUCUUGAACAUUUGUAUUACUGCUUCCUGUGCUUAUAACUUGAGAUGAAAAGAUACAAUACAGAAAGUAUAUUUUUGAAAAUUAUUCAGUCUACAUUAAUUGGACACUAUUUACAAAUGUUUGAACUUGAGAUGAAAACAUAAUACAAUACAAGAAGUGUGUUUUUAAGAAUAAUUCCUCCAGUCUACAUUAACUGGACACUAUUUAUAAAUGUUUGUUCAAUAAAUUAAAUAAGUUUUUUGAAGAGUUCAUAUCAUAAUAUGAUUAGAAAUAACAGCGUGGAAUUGGCUUGACUUUGAAAUCUACCCAAAUUCCUCUGUAUUUUCAAUUUACUUUUCUUAAGAGUUAAUGAAAAAAAAAAAAGAGCUAAUGAGAUGAUUUAUAACAGAAUUUCUAACCCCACAAUGAGUAUCAACUACACAAAAAUCCUCAAUGAUUUGACAAUAUAAUUUGGAAAUUAGGUUGCAGUGUAUUUUUGUUUCCCUUAUGAAAAAAAAGGAUGCAUUUGUUUAAAAAAAAAAGGAAAAUUGCAAGGCAAAUGUUUACCUAUUUAAAAGAGCAAGCUAUUUCCAAAUACCAUAGACUAAUUUACAUCAAAGUCAUAUAACUGUAUUGUCAGUAGAAACUAGUACUGAUUUUAUUAAUUUAGUUACUCUAUUCAUUUUAUCCAAAUCAGUGGAAUUUCAUUGUUAUUGUUUAUUCAGUCUGUAUAUAUUAAAAUAUCUCUGACUAAA